AAGAGGACUGUGGUUUCUGACAACACACACAGACACAGACACACACACACACACACAAUCACACUACGUUUUUGCAACCCUAACUUCCACUUGCAGUUGACACAUGUUCACACUCGCUCUCACACACACAGAUAAAGAGCUUUUCCCGUGCUCAUCGACACAUCGUGGAGAUGGUGUGACGUCGAAGACAUUCAAAGAAAUUAACACAGCAAUCGGCAGCCGGCUCUUGUCUUGACCAAAAGAUGAACUCCACAGUAGUCCAGAGUCCCAUGGGGAGCACGGACUCCUCGCCCUCGAACAACGAAGAUGCCGUCGAGUACCGCACAGUCCUCCUGGCCAUCUUCCCCGUGGUCCUGGUCAGCGGUACCAUCAGCCUGAGCCUGAUGACGCACAUCUUGAAGUCCAGCUCCACGUCCAUCACCUCCAUCGCGGUGCUCAACCUCAUCUUCGCCCACUUCGUCUUCCUCGUCACGGUGCCCUUCAGGAUCUACUACUACGUGACUCAGCACUGGGGCCUGGGCUUCACUUGGUGCAAAGUCGUCAGCGCCAUGAUCCACAUCCACAUGUACAUGUCGUUCAUCUUCUACGUGGUCAUCCUCAUCACGCGCCUGAUGGCCUUCUACCACAAGGCCGAGCAGCAGGCCUCCUUCCGGAGCAUCCACGCGCUCCUCGUCAGUGGCGUGGUGUGGAUGGGGGUGCUCGUCCUGGUCCCUUGCAUCAUGUACUUUUCCUACGGCAGGGACACCGGGGACAACGGCGAGAAGAAUGGCACAUUGUGCUUCCACUUUGGGAGAAACAUCAAGUCUGGCGCCAAGGUGUUCAACUACAUAGUGAGCAUGCUUAUCAUAGUGGUGGCCGCCGUGCUGACGGCGCUCCAGGCAAACGUCCUGAGGGUCUUGUACAGGGAGCAUCGCCAGGGGUGCACCUCGCAGCAGGAUUUCGACGCGCAGCUCAAGAGCCUGUGCUUCGCCCUCGUCAUGGUGGUCUGCUUCAUCCCCUACCACGUGUUUCGACUCCACUACCUGGAAAACAUUCACCUGCAGCACAUCAACGAGGUGUUCCUGAGUCUGACCACUUUCAACUGUCUGGACAUGCUCACCUUUUUGGGGAGGAGAACCUUCUUAUGUGCGUCUUGGUGAAGGGCUUGUGUGUGUGAGGGGGGGGGGCAAGGGCAAGGGGGGGGGGAGCGGUAUUUUUAUGCAGAAAUAAGAAUAUAUAUGUGUAUCCUGUGUGUUCCACUGUAUUUGCUAAUAUGUAACCCCUACUCACAUAGCUGAAGUGUGCAGCUUCAAAGCUGGGAAGAGAAAUAAAUGUCUAAAAUCAUUA